CCGCUGGACAUCUUCCUGGAGGAGAUCCGCUUCUACCAGCUGGGGGACGAGGCCCUGGCGGCCUUCCGCGAGGACGAGGGCUGCCUGCCCGAAGGCGGCGUGGACGAGAAGCCCCUGCCCUCCCAGCCCUUCCAGCGCCAGGUGUGGCUGCUCUUCGAGUACCCCGAGAGCUCGGGGCCGGCCCGGGGCAUCGCCAUCGUCUCGGUCCUGGUCAUCCUCAUCUCCAUCGUCAUCUUUUGCCUGGAGACGCUGCCCCAGUUCCGUGCAGACGGCCGAGGUGGAAGCAAUGGUGGUGAUGUGGGCCGAGGCUCCCCGGUGUCCAGGGGCAGUCAGGAGGAAGAGGAGGAGGAUGACGAUUCGUACGCGUUUCACCCCGGCAUCACCCCCGGGGGGAUAGUGGCAGGGGGCUCAUCCUCACUAAGCACUCUGGGGGGCUCCUUCUUCACAGACCCCUUCUUUCUGGUGGAGACGCUGUGCAUCGUCUGGUUCACCUUCGAGCUGCUGGUGCGCUUCUCCGCCUGCCCCAGCAAGCCGGCCUUCUUCCGCAACAUCAUGAACAUCAUCGACCUGGUGGCCAUCUUCCCCUACUUCAUCACGCUGGGCACCGAGCUGGUGCAGCAGCAGGAGCAGCAGUCGGCCAGCGGAGGCGGCGGCCAGAACGGGCAGCAGGCCAUGUCCCUGGCCAUCCUCAGAGUGAUCCGCCUGGUCCGCGUGUUCCGCAUCUUCAAGCUCUCCCGCCACUCCAAGGGGCUGCAGAUCCUGGGCAAGACCUUGCAGGCCUCCAUGCGGGAACUGGGGCUGCUCAUCUUCUUCCUCUUCAUCGGAGUCAUCCUCUUCUCCAGCGCCGUCUACUUCGCGGAGGCCGAUGAUGAUGAUUCACUCUUUCCCAGCAUCCCGGAUGCCUUCUGGUGGGCAGUGGUUACGAUGACCACGGUAGGUUAUGGGGACAUGUACCCCAUGACAGUGGGGGGCAAGAUCGUGGGCUCGCUGUGCGCCAUCGCCGGUGUCCUCACCAUCGCCCUGCCCGUGCCCGUCAUCGUCUCCAACUUCAACUACUUCUACCACCGGGAGACUGAGCAGGAGGAGCAGGGCCAGUAUACUCAUGUCACCUGUGGGCAGCCAACCCCGGACCUGAAGGCAGCUGACAAUGGACUUGGCAAGCCUGAAUUCUCUGAGGCCACCCGGGAGCGGAGACCUAGCUACCUUCCCACUCCACAUCGGGGGUAUGCAGAGAAAAGGAUGCUCACUGAGGUCUGAUAGAUACAGGCAGCGCCUGCACAGAAGGAAGGCACAGAGCAAAAUGAUCCCUUAGGGUUCCUUCUCAUCCUCCACUACUUGCACCUCAGCUCCUGUUGACUUCUGACUCCCUCCCCUACAUCCAGCGGUUGGCGCCAGAACCAUAUACCUGGACUGUCAACCUUGUUACCUGACCCCUGCAGCAUCCAAGGUUUAUCCAUCUAAGUGACAGUUUUGAAAUUCUAAUGGUGCCACCCAUUCAUGCCCAUCUUCUGUCACAUGGAUGAGUUUUCCAUCUGACCUUCCCUCAAGACUCUGACUUUUCAUGUCUGGGACUUGUAAUAUCUCUAGGAACAGAAAUGUCACCAGGAUGGAAACCAGGCACCCCUUGGUCCUGUUUCUCCUUAGCAUCCUUCGCUUUGGGGCAUGCACCUGUCUUCACUUCUGGCCACAUGGUAACUAGCAGAUGCUGGUGGACAGAAACAGUACCCAUCCUGCCGUUUUCCUCCAGUGCCCUAGAACACCGGACCCUUGGUAGAGCUUUCAGCUGCACAGCCUCAAACUAUGUUACUCAUCUCUAAUCUUGGAUGGAAUUAGAGAAACUACAAUUAGGCUUGGCUGUUUGGAGGAUCUUAGAGUCAAUCUCGAACUAAAGGGGCCAAUGGAUUCCUCCAGGUGUCAUCUGGCACAGUGGGCAUCAAUCUUUGGUCCACACUGAGUCCUCCUCACUCUGAUCCCCUGACUCUAGCUUCCAGGAGGGUUCCCUCUCAGAGCCAAGUAAGUCUUUUUACAUGCACGUGCCUUCCUGGGCAAGGAGCUGGAAAAGGGGGAGCCACAGAGCCUGGAGACACAGCUGACUAGAGUCAGGCACCUGGCUUGACUGCUUAUCUGAGGAUUAGACGAUGCCACCUUGGGGCAUGAGGGGGCAGAGGAAUCUUGUCACCGACAGCAAAUUUCUGUCCCUCACUUCCCCCAGCCCUCCCACUCUUCUUCCUGGGAAUUUGGAGUAGGAUUGCAGUUGAAGGCUUUCAAAAGUGGACUCCAGCUUAAAUCCACAGACAGGUAAAAGCACAUAUGGGAUGCUAGUGUGGGUGGGUUUUUUUCUUCCUAUUUUAUAGGCAAUGAAAUAGGUGCUUUAGAGUAAGGAAGACACAUUAUUCCUUUGCUGACAGCUUCCCUGUUAGAGAUUUUCUGCUGAGUCAAGCAAACAUGCUCCUGCUCCGGCCCUUGGAGCGGCUGUAAACUGCUCUCACUGGUGAGGUGACGGCGUGGCGGUCCCACCUGCACUAAGCCUUCGUCUUCCAUCGUGAGCCCCUCCUUCUGUCCCACUUGCCCGCUUCCCCUCCUCUCUCGCCUCGUAACAUUGUCAUUCAUGUGUUGCCUUGAUAAACUGUGAUUUACUGUUCUGAGCUCUCCUGGGUGCAGUUCAGAAACCGAAAGGACUGUUAACAUGUUUUAAAUUUUAUAAUCUCGGCUCUAAGACUCUUGGAUGAGUAAUUUUUUUUUUACAAAAUAUUUUCUCGAAGAGCAGCUUAUGAGGGAGAGUCUCUUGAGGAUUUUCCUGAGAGACACUGUGGCUCGUGUGAGUGCCAGAUCUAAAUCUGGAUUUUGCCACACUUUACAGGGUAGCUUGGGUGCCAUGGUUCCUCCUUGUGCCUCAGUUUCCCCACCCAUUCAAUGGGAACAUUAAUCUCUCCCCCCCCACCUCAUGGGGAAUGUUCUGUGAACUCAUCUGGGGAGCCGGGAAUGAUGCUAUGCAAAUGUGUGAACUUUAGUAAUGAUUUCUAGUUCAUUACCUUGUUUCCCCAUCUCUCGCAGGCAAGGCAUCCCCCCACCCAGAGUUCCUGCCUUGCAUCCAGAGCCCACAGACACGCCAUUCUGGGCCCUUAGCUCUUUCCGCCCCUCCUUAGCCUCUUGAACUGGGCCUCGGUCCUUCUUCUUACCCUUCAGCAAGGAGGAUGCUCUUUGGACAGAUUCACUGGGAUCCUUCCAGAGCCAGACACCAUCUUGAUUGACAGCUUGGCUUCUCCAAACCUGAAAUACAGUAGGAGAUGCUCAUGAUUCAGACAUCUGCCAUGUCUGAGGCCAUAAGGUGCCGGUGUUCCCAAUCUCUUCAGUUACUCCUGGCUAUUCAGGGGAGGAGAAGGGCCCCCCCAGAGGCAGAAGGGAGGCUCGUGGCCCAGGGUAAAUGUGGGAACGUGUAUGCACGUGUCUGUAUGUGUAUGUGUCCUCAUCCUCUUCACCAUUUCCUUUUCAAGUCAGAGCAUGCCUGAAAGUCAAAGGUUUACGGAGAGCGGGGCUCUCCAGGGACUCUGGUUGCCGUAGCAACCUUCCAGAUGGUUCUCCCUGUCGUCUGAUUUGGGCAACAAGGGAGAACGGGAGACUACAUGCUCCCAGCUUCUGAAGUGGGGACACCUCCCACAUUUGGGCUUAAGGGCCAGUAGUGCCAGGACAGGGCUGCGUGACCUUCAGAAAGUGAGGGGGUGCAGGGCCCCGAAGCUUCCUCCCCAGACCUUUCCUCCCGGUUUCCCUACCCAGUCACGGAAGCUGCCUCAUUUCACCCCCGAGUCUUCAGAAACUUGAAUGCUAAGCAACUGCCAGUGAAACCAGUGUCCACAUUAUCUUUUCCAAACCGGCCUUGGAGGAGACUGGCUUCUCCAGAGGCAGCCAGGCUGAACCGCACCGAGAGUCAGACUAGUUUUAGUCCAUAAUGGCACCGUGGGGUCUCACGGCCUCGGAGGGAGGCUCCUCCCAGCUCUUAGAGAGACGGAGAAGUGUACUCCUUCCUCCCGGGGGACAGUCUGGCUCCUGGGAGCAAGCUCUCGGGUGAUUCUUCCUAAGACGUCAAAGAAAAGCUGAGAGGCUGUGCGCUGACCUGGUUUCUGGGAAGGAUUCUGCCAAGCGAUGCCCCUCUGACUCUCAGCCUCUCCGUGUGGACUUUGCCCCCUGAGCACUGAGAGACUCUGUGCCCCGUGUUGCCAUGACAGCUGGGGUGGCAGUCCCACAGCUGCCAGCAGCGGGGCUCAGGCCAUCCAACAACGUCACACCUGGCUCAGGCCAGCAGGAGCUCCCAGGGGUCUUCCUGGAUCCGCCAGGCUCGGCUGAGGCGUGGGCUGUUCCUCCUGCCUGACCGUCCCCAGGAGAGAUGGGGACAGCUGGCCCGAUUUACAUCUGAGGUCGUAUUCCUGCAAGAGUCAAGUCGCAUGAAGAAAUUGAGCACAUUACUUGCUAAACAGCAACAGAAACAACAAUAAUUAGCAUCAGUAGACACUUGCCCAGCAUAGUGUGUGCAGAAGAGAAUGUCGCGUGUGCUGACUCCUUGACGCCCCCGGCACCCCUGCAAGCAUCUCCACUCCACAGGAGCUGCUGGUCCAGGGUCGCAUGGCCAGUAAGUGGGGUGGGGGGCGGGACUGCACCCCAGGCAGUCUGGCUCCAGCAUCCUCACCCUUACCUGCUGCGCAGUGCUGCCCUGGUGAAAUGAGAGAGCGAAGCGGACCAAUCCCCGGGCGCCAUUCAGCCGGGACAUCAUCUGUGCUAUUCAGUGCUGCGCGGGCGAUGCUCGCGGGCAGCACGAUCGCCUGGUGUGAGCCCCUGGCUCCUGAAUGCUCUUCAUCCCCACCUGUGUGUGUUCAGCGGGGUCUGUGUGUGUGAGCGUGUGCGCUUAUAUGAUCUUAGGAAUGGAACAGAGCCAGCAGGGAGCGGGUGAGGCAGGGCAGCCUGGCCGAUCUGUUGACAAAACAAUAAAACGUGGCUCAUCUGUGCUGUUCGUUGUGGCUGUAAACCCAUCACGGUGUCCUUUUCAUCUUAAGAUUCUCAGGCUCUUCGGCUGGGAAAUCUGUCUCUUUGUGAUUGAGCUGUCACCCCAGUGGAGCAGGCAUGGGAUGAGAUGUGCCGU